CUGAAAACUCUGGCAUGGAAAGAUGAUUUUCACACUUAAUAGACGACUUUAAUAGUCCAAUGCAUGCAUUUGACAGCUAUUGUGAAAUUUUACUUAAUUUGUGAUUUAAUACGUGUUUAUAAGUAAAACUAUUUUCUUCCUAACACCAUCAAAAAGGUGUUAAGUAUAUUUUCCAAGUGGCAACAAUUCCCCCAAAAAUGUGCAAUUUCCCAAGCGGCAACUUCCCAAAGGUUAGGUUAGGCCCUCUGAAGCGCCGCAGGCUGUAAAGGGGGGGGCCGUGCGAUGCGGCUAGGAUGGCCGCCAUGGGAAUGAGCGCUGCAGCUAGAACAGGCUGGGGCCAAGCGCUGCGGCUAGGAAAGAUUUGGGAUGUUGCCGCUUGGGAAAAUACUCUUGGGAAGUUGCCACUUGGGAAUUUUUUUUUGUAAAAGCACCUAACGUUAGGCUCUCUAACACCUACAGUAUUGAUAUCAGCCGUCUUCCUAUUUUAGAGUUUUCUGGUUAUCACUGUAAAUAAAUUUAGAAUUAUAAUGUUUACAUGAGAUAAGCAUUUUGUUCGAACUUUUACCAGUUGUCUUUACAUUUGCAUACUAAAUUGGUGAUCUGUCUAGGGUACAUGAUAUAUGUGAAUUAUGCCUUUAAAAGUAAUGGCAAAGCAUCGGCCGGGCGGUCAACAAGUGAUCCAGAGAUCUUCUUUUAGAGAGAUAUUGAGUUUGAAUGGAAAAUUAAUUAUUCCUUUAUUUCAACGCUCCUAUUGCUGGAAUGAGAAACAGAUUGAGGAUUGGUGGCAGGAUAUCAUGGUUGGAGUAUCAGACAACACCAAGAACAAACAUGAAGGUUCGGAAAAUGUUGAUGAUAAAGUGAAGAAGGAAGUUGACCAAGGUCUACUUGUGCACAAUGUUAAUCUGAUCAGACUUAAGAAAACAGAAAGAAAUGGAAUUCUUGAAAUUCUGAUUGUUGAUGGCCAGCAAAGAAUAACAACAACCUCUAUUUUGUUGGCAGCUGUUCUGCAGUUUGGAAAUACUUUUCAGCUCACCUCAGACACAACAACAGAGUGGGAGUUGUUGAAAUCUGAUCUAAACCAGAGUUUACAAUUCAAUAAUGAUUUGAAAUUGAUUCCAUCUAUUCCUGAUCGGGCUGCAUACAGAGAAGCGAUACUUCGUGGAAACAUUGAUGAAUAUAAAGACUCUUGUCAGGUUAAGGCACUGGCAAUAUUUAAAAGAAAUCUUGAAAAACUUCUUGACUCUUUUACCAAAGAUUCUGAAAAAAUAGAUCAGCUGAAAAGGAUAGUGGUUUCGGCACUGGACUUUAUGUGUCCAAUGCUGGUUGAGUUAACAGAAGCAGAUAAUUUGGCAGAGAUGUUUCAAUGGUAUCAGGAAAAGUCGCUGCUUGGACUGGCCGCACUUCUGAAGGGUGUUCCUGGAGUUCAGUUUGCAGCUUCAGAUCUUGUCCGGAACUUUGUUAUGUCAACAGCACUUGGAAAAUCCCUGGAUGAACAAGAGCAGAUCUACAGAGAUCUCUGGUUGGAGAAGAUACAAAUUCCAUGCAAAGGACACACAGAUUUUUAUCUAGAUGUAUUUCCCAAAACUAAAGGGGUUUCAUCCUUACAGGACACUGGCAGAUUUGUUUCAGAGUUUGAAGAACAAAUAAGAACUAUUAUCAAUUCAAGAGGUAAUGAUGAAGAAGAUGAAGAUAUUGAGAGGAAACCUGAUGUGGAUCUGAGUGGUAUGAUGUUGUUCUGCAGAUUUCACUCAUUCUUGUAUUCUUUGGAUAUUGACGGAGAUAUUUCAAAGAUAAAUUUGUUCGUUCAACAGUUUUCCAUUUUCCUCGAGAAUAUUUAAUUUGGAUAUUUGACAAUAAAUAGAUACGUUGCAUAGA